AUGUGGUCCGACUUGUCCAUCGAAAACAUCAUGCCAGGCAUCCAGCUCCUGGUUGGUAUCAGCUCCGGAUUCGCGGGACAGUUGGGCAAAGAUCCAAAGGAAUCCAGAGACAAGGUCAUGGAGAGUGUCAAGAAACUUAACAACUGGUUCACAGAUGCAAAAGCCAAGAUUGAGGACCUCGCCGGAAAAGAGCAAGAGAAGAUUCUCGGCCAGAUGGACAGCCGCAUUCAACAAGUCGCAGAAGACACCACAAAGUUGCCACCUCCAGAACCGACGACCGCAGAAGCCAUCAAUACCGGCGCAGCUAAGGUCAAAGAUGCAGCAAAGAGUGCAAUUGAAUUCAAUGCGGACAAGAACCCCAUGGCUGUUUGGGUAAGGAGGCAGCCCUAG